AUGUUUGGCUGCUGCGUUGCUGGCCGUCUGCUGCAGACAAAUCUCCAACAAAUUGACGAUACGCACGCGUUAUUUGAACUACCCAACGCCAGCACAAUCAACCACGUUUGUGUGUUUGUCUUGGGCACUGUGCCAUUUCCCGAAGGAUAUGGUGCGGCCGUCCACUUCCACUGGCCGGGAAAAGGAUUCCAACUCCUUGGAAUGCGACUCACUGAAUUUCUGCCUAGGAUCUCUAACGACAAGCCAUCAGCGAUAUUUCGUUUACGGGGUUCCUUCUCCUCGACAUCAACAUAUCGUGCUUUCGAUCCGAAUUUGUCGAUGAAUGACAGCGGAGACGUUGCCGCCAUUCUCGGCUUGUCCAUUGAACCCGUUCAUGCGAUAGAGUCGCAAUUAGCCGCCCUACCUUAUGCCCUUACGAAAUCUGGAAACGACUUGAGCAUUAACCCUACACUUCUCGCAGAGAAGAUUGUGAAAAACUUGUUCAACUAUGUCUCUGGCUUUACCGGCGGAGGGGCUAUGACGCCUGAACUCGCAGUCCCGAUGGGACUGAUCGCCAGGUGGUAUGAAAAUUUUACUGGAAAGGUUAGAAACAGUGGGCUUGGAUUUUUGGAGAGAGACGAAUAG